AUGCCCUCCCUCAAACUCCUCAAAUCCCUCCUCCCAACAUCCUGCUUCCCACGCCUCCGCCUCCACAGCAAAAACACGAAAUCACCACCCCCACCAUGCACCCCCUCAACAACCAUAAUCCUCUCCCACGGCGCCUUCAACACACCCUGGCACUACAACCUCUACACGCACGCCCUCCAAAAGGACUCCUUCCGCACCCUUUGCCCGCAACAAUCCUCAUCAGGCCCAUCGCCGCCUCCGAAUUCUUUCGAAUCAGAUAUUGAACUUCUCAACGAGACGGUCCGGACGGAGUUGAUAGCUGGGAGGGACGUGCUGUUGGUGUGUCAUAGUUACGGCGGUAUCCCGGGUUGCGAGGCGUUGGCGGAUCUGGAUUUGCCGGAGAAGGGCGUGGAUGGAGACGGACAGAGGAUUGGGAAGGUUCUGGGAAUUGUGUUCGUUUCUGCUUUCGUGGCGGAAGCAGGGCAAAGCCUCGUGACGUCGAAGAUGGCUGGUAGAGCCAGCUGGGUACGGGUCGAGGGCCCCCUCUCCCACGUCACCAACCCCGGCCCAACCCUCUUCAACUGCGUCCCCAACGCCACCCUACGCCAGCAAUUCGUAGACCGCCUCGUCCCGCAGGCCUCAGCCUCCUUCAUAACCCCGACCAAACACGAAACCUGGAAAGACCACCCGUGCUACUACAUCCGCUGCCUACACGACCAAGCGAUGUUCCCCGAGGAACAGGACUACUUCAUCCGGCGGCUUCAGGAAGGGAAUUCGUCCGCGAUGGUGCAGGAACUGCCGAGUGAUCAUGCGCCGUUUGCGAGUAUGCCGGAGCGCAUGGCGGAGGUUACGGGGGAGAUUGUGGGGGAAUUGAGGGGUGGGAUUGUGGAGAGGUUGAGGUGA